UCUGUGCAGGUACUUACCUAAGUCCUAAACAUUUGGCCGCUUUUUCAUUAAAAAUCGAAAACAAAUGGUUUUUUAGAACACGAUAAAUGAGUAACAUAUUAUCAUGAGUUCCAAAAAGAAUAAAAAGAGUUUUGGUAAUAAGCGUUUCCCGAUUGCGGAGUCAGUGAGUAUAGCGCUGAAAAUACAACUGGAUAAAUUUUUGAGUGACGAAAAUGAAACAGAAUUAAAAUUCCCGACGUUUUUGUCGGCUCAAGAGCGAGGCUUCAUCCAUGAAACCGUUGCUAAGCUCGGAUUAAAGUCAAAAUCUAGAGGAAAAGGUGUUAAUAGAUACCUAACAAUAUACAAGCGUUUGGGUUCAACUAUUAUUCAAAAUGACGCUAAGCUGAUCUUGGACUCUAACAUGAGAUGUAGUAUAGCAGAACUAUACAAUGCAUUUCCAAUCACCAGUAAAGAGAAAGACGAUCUCAGCUGCUGUCCUGAAAAGGAGAGAAGUCCUCAGCUCGCUCAUAAAGCUCUGGGACAGUUGAACAAUGGGGUAGCUCAGAUUCCGAACACGACUUACAAUCCAGAUCUCAUCAAGUUCCGGGAGAAACUGCCAGUUUAUGAGCAGAGAGCGGAGCUUAUAAAUGCCAUAUGGCAGAACCAGGUUGUGAUAGUGGCGGGCGCGACGGGGUGCGGCAAGACGACGCAGCUGCCGCAGCUGGUGCUGGAUCAGUGCGCGGCGCGCGGGCAGCCGGCGCGCGUGUACGUCACGCAGCCGCGCCGCAUCUCCGCCGUCGCCGUCGCCGAGCGGGUCGCGCACGAGCGCCAGGAGAAGAUCGGACAGUCGGUCGGAUACCAGAUCCGGCUGGAGUCCCGCGUAAGCCCGCGCACGGUGCUGACGUACUGCACGAACGGCGUGCUGCUGCGCACGCUGAUGGCGGGCGAGGGCGCGCUGGCGAGCGUGACGCACGUGUUCGUGGACGAGGUGCACGAGCGCGACAAGUUCAGCGACUUCCUGCUCAUCGCGCUGCGAGACGCGCUGCCCCGGCACAAAGACCUCAAGCUGAUCCUGAUGUCGGCGACGAUGGACACGGCGAUAUUCUCGCGGUACUUCAACGACUGCCCCGUCCUCAACGUCCCCGGCCGGCUGUUCGACGUGCAGCGCUACUACCUGGAGGACGUGCUGCGGCUGACGGGGUACCGCAGCGCCGCCAUGCGCCGCGCCGAGCGCGACCUGCGCGCCGCCGCCGCCGCCCCGGACUCCUCCUACUACGGACAUCUCGAAGAACAAAAAACGGCGGCGACGGAGACGUGCGGGGGCAAGGCGGGCGGAGGGGGAGAGCCGCUCGACGCCGAGAUGCAGGCCGACAUGGACGAGUUCCUCGACGAGUGUUUUAACGAGGGCAGCGCGGACGCGUUCAGCCAGGUGGUGUACAUGUUCAUGUCGGAGGGCGUCCCGCUGCACGCGGCGCACUCCCGCUGCGGCCGCACCGCGCUCAUGGCCGCCGCCGCGCGCGGACUCACCGCCGCCGCCGCGCAGCUCCUCGCCAUAGGCGCGGACCCGCUCGCCAAAGACAAGGCCGGCAAGACGGCGCACGACCACGCGGCGGAGAACGGGCACGCCGAGUGCGCCGCGCUGCUGGCGGCGUCGCGGCCCGCCGCCCCGCCCGCGACCGACGCCGCCGCCGACGACUUCCUGCUGGACGUGUACACCCACGCCACGCCGCCCGACCUCGUCGACCACGACCUGCUGCUCGCGCUCGUGCGCCACCUGCACCUCAACAUGCCGCGCGGCAGCAUCCUCGUCUUCCUGCCCGGCUACGACGACAUCGUGGCGCUGCGCGACGCCGUGCAGGCCUGCGCCGACAUGAGCGCCGUCAAGUACCAGACGUUCACGCUGCACAGCAACAUGCAGACGCUCGACCAGAAGAAGGUGUUCGGGCCGCUGCCGGGCGCGCGCAAGAUCAUCAUCAGCACCAACAUCGCGGAGACGUCCAUCACCAUCGACGACGUGGUGUACGUGGUGGACUCGUGCCGGGUGAAGGAGAAGUACUACGAGUCCGCCGGCGGCGUGUGCUCGCUGCAGUGCGUGUGGGCGUCGCGGGCGUGCGCAGCGCAGCGGGCGGGGCGCGCGGGCCGCACGCAGCCCGGCCGCUGCUGGCACCUGUGCUCGCGCCGCCGCUUCGCCGCGCUGCCGCUCACCUCCGUGCCCGAGAUCCUGCGCGUGCCGCUGCAGGAGUUGUGCCUGCACACUAAGCUGCUGGCGCCCGGCAACACGCCCAUCGCCGACUUCCUGUCGCGCGCGCUCGAGCCGCCCUCCUUCCUCGCCGUGCGCAACGCAGUCGCGCUGCUCAAGACCAUCGGCGCGCUCACGCCCACCGAGGACCUCACCGAGAUCGGCCGCCAUCUGCUCGACCUCACCGUCGAGCCCAAGCUCGGCAAGAUGCUGCUGUACGCCUGCGUCGUCAAGUGCCUCGACCCCGUGCUCACUAUCGUGUGCAGCCUCGCCAACAAGGAGCCCUUCCAGAUCGGCGGCGGGGGCAGCGCCGGCGCCGGACACGUCGCGAGACGCGAGUUCGCUGCCGACAGCCACUCCGACCACAUGGCGCUGCUGCGGGCCUUUCAGGCGUGGCAGAGCGCGCGCGCCGCCGGCACCGAGCGGGCCUUCUGCGCGCGCAACCUCAUCUGCGGCGCGACCAUGGAGACCGUGGUCGGCCACCGCGCCCAGCUGCUGGCGCAGCUCCGCGCCAUAGGCCUGGUGAAGGCGCGCGGCCCGGGCGACAUCAAGGACGUCAACCUCAACUCCGAGAAGUGGCCCGUCGUGAAGGCGGUGCUCGUAAGUGGCCUCUACCCCUCCGUCGCGAGGGUCGACCGCGACUCCGGCACCCUGCGGACGUCUAAGGAGGUCCGCGUGCGCUUCCACCCCAAGUCGAUCCUGCAGACGGCGCGCGGCGCGGGGCCCCAGACGCUGCCCACCGACUGGGUGGUGUUCGAGGAGAUCUCGCGCGUGGGGCGCUUCUGCUUCAUCCGCACGUGCACGCUGGUGACGCCGCUGACGGUGGCGCUGUUCGGCGGCCCGCUGCGGCUCGGGCCGGGCGCGCUCACUCAGCGCGCCAACCCGCCCGGCCUGUCCUCGGACUCGGACAGCGAGGCGGAGGCGCCCGCCGCGCCCGACGCCGCGGUGCUUGCGCUCGACGACUGGACCGCCUUCGCCGCGGACGCGAGCGACGCGCUCAGCGUGUACUACCUGCGCCAGAAGCUGUGCGCGCUGGUCGUUCGGCGCAUGGCCAAUCCCGCCAAGCCUCCCACGCCGCUGGACGAGCAGAUCCUCGGCACGGUAGUGGCGGUGCUCGGUGCUGAGGAGCGCAACGCCGGCCUGCAGCAGCCCGCCGGUAUCGGCCAGCGCCCCCGUCCGCUCACGGUCGACGCGGCGGGCUGGCGCGCGCGACCCGACGACCACCCCGACGACUUCGGCGGCCCCCCCCACCCCGGCCCGUACGGUGCGCCACGGCCCUCCUGGCGCGCGGAGGCGCCCCCACGGGGCUACUCGCCGCAGCCGUACGGCGGACCCGGGAGCCCCGGCUCGCCCAACGGCCGGACCCUCCUGGCUAACAUCGAGAAGUACGCGAGGAACGGCGACGUCGGCGUGCGAUACUUCGUCGCCCGCGCGGACGACGCGCCCGGCGCGGAGGCGGCGCCUACCGGCACCGGACCGGCGCUCCCCUUCUCGCAGGCCUUCGCCAGAAAGCUGCAGAAGCUCAAGCAGGAGGGGCAGCGCGCGAUCGUGUUCGUGUCGAGCGCGGGCGCCGGCAAGUUCGUGGGCGCGGCGGCGGCAGGCGACGGCGGCGUGGAGUGGCUGAGCACGGCGCACGUGCCCUUCGGCGCCGUGCGGCACGUCACCAACGCGCUGGCGGGCGGCGCGCGCGCGGUGGACGCUCGCGACGGCGCCGAGCUGUGCGCGCACUCCGGCCGCGCGCUGCUGCGGGCCUUCCACAAGCCCGGCCUCGCGCCGUCCGCGCCGCGUCGCCGCCCGCCGCGCCCGCACUAGCGCCGGGGGGCGAAUUCGCCGUCUGGCGCUCGUCCGCCCGCCGACCGUGCCUUCCUGUCGCCGAACUGAACGUACUGUGUGAUGCGAUUGUAUAUACUAUAUUUUUAAGUCAGUAAAUAUUACUAAUACUUAUGACUUACGACUGAGCCACAUUUGCGUAUGAGAGGAUUGUAUAUAAAGUAAUUUAUAUUAUGUACCAUAAUAAUUAUUGAGAACGUGCAAAUAUGUGUGUAUUAAAGUAGUGAGCAGCUUUUUAAGAGAUUGUACUCGCCAUAACAUAAGGGGGCGCCCACAAAUUACGUGAGGUGUUUAAGGGG